CGCCUGCUCCGCACAGACCUCACUCCAGCUCGUGUUGCGCUCAGAAGUGUGUGGUGUCUGCUGGCGCUAACCGUCUCACCCUCUCUCUCUUUCCAGCGUGCGUUUUUGGAGUUUUGUGACUGAAAAUGAGACCGUAUGCCCUUGUUUACGUCAGCCGUCAAAGGUGAUCGACCAGAAGAUUAGGAAGGAACAGGAAAUCGUUGCGUUGCCGGAACUGUUAUUUGCUGCAGCCGGUCCAACAGUUUUAGCAACGACGAGAGACUGAACUUCAAGUUUGCGGUGCGGCAGGAAACCCCUGCCAAAAACAAAACAGUUUGGGCGCAAUUCUAUAGCGAUUUUUUUUUUCUUUACACUGACUGUUGACAGAAUAAAGUGUUUCCAGUCUUGCUAGGCUGCAAACUCCGUUUUCCCCUGCGUAUGUGAAGGGGGAUGAUGGAAACACCCUUCUAUCAUGAUGAUGUGUUGAGAUCUACUGGAGGAAUCGCGAGCGCCUACUCUUACAACAACAUGAUGAAGACGGACAUGAGCUUGAACCUCAGCGACCCCAACGCCAACUUGAAGCAGCAGCUGAGAGACUCCGAUGGCAUCCUCAACUCGCCCGACCUCGGGCUCCUGAAGCUGGCGUCACCGGAGCUGGAGCGCCUGAUCAUCCAGUCCAACGGCAUGGUCACCACCACCCCCACCUCCCAGUUCCUGUACCCGAAAUCGGUGAGCGAGGAGCAGGAGUUCGCCGAGGGCUUCGUCAAGGCUCUGGAAGACCUGCACAAGCAGAACCAGCUGUCCGGGGCGUGUGUCCAGACGAACAGUCUCGGCACCGGCACCGGCACCGGCACCAACGCCACCCCAGCCACAAUGCACACGGACCUUCCGGUCUACACUAACCUGAGCAGUUACGCAAGCGGAGCAAUGGGGACCACCGUCAACUACUCCACAGACACUGUACCCUUCCCUCCCCCGCCGGCUCACCUGGGCCAGCAGCCGUCGCACACGCGGUUACAGGCGCUGAAGGACGAGCCGCAGACCGUGCCCGACGUGCAGAGCUUCGGCGACAGUCCGCCGCUGUCGCCCAUCGACAUGGACACGCAGGAGCGCAUCAAGGCGGAGAGGAAGAAGCUGCGCAACCGCAUCGCCGCGUCCAAGUGCCGAAAGCGGAAACUGGAGAGGAUUUCGCGGCUGGAGGACAAAGUGAAGUCCCUGAAGAAUCAAAACACUGAACUUGCCUCCACGGCCAGCCUGCUGAGGGAGCAGGUCGCCCAGCUCAAACAGAAGGUCCUGAACCACGUCAACCGCGGCUGCCAGCUACUGCCACAUCAAGUCCAAGCGUAUUAGAGGAAGGGACUCGCUCCCUUUGCCUCCCGGUCUGUAUAAGCUCUGAACUUUUGACUUUGAAAACUUACCGAUUAAACACAUCUAUAUCUCGGAAAAGUACCAUGGCUCUGAACUUAAGACCCCCCCCCCUCUUAAGGACACUAUUGAGUGACACACUAUCAUGCCUAAAUGUAACAAGAAUACGGUUUACAAUGCUUUUUAGCAGAAAAUGUAUCAAUCUAAAUCAUUCUAAAAAUAAGACUUGCCUUCUUGCCAAAGGGGCUCCGUUCCGUAGCUGUCUCUUUUUUUGUCUUUAAAAAAAAAUAAAGACAGCCUUAUUGAACUAGAGGAACUCUAAACCAGCCGUUUUGCAUGUCCGUGACAAACUUGGUGAAAGCUGGGAACCAGCGGGGUCUCAUCAGGUGCAUGUCCUUCACGUGUAUAAAAGCCUUAAAUGUUUACAAGCACUUGCGAACAGACGACCUGUAUGUAUAUUUUCUACAAAGUUGACUUGUACAGCAUCUUUAUUUUGAUUGUUGUUUUACUUCGCGAAUGUGAAGCGGUUAUUGGUUCAUUAUGAGCUUUUUUUUUUUUAAAAAAAGAAUAUUUAUGUUGCACUGAAGUUUCUUUCACAUUCCACAUAUAUAUAUUUCUACUUGGAUACCGAGUCCAAAAAAGUGUAAACAAAUAAAAUUUGCUACAUAAGUUA